AUGUUGAUGAUUUUGCUAAUAAAGACCCCAUCCCGUUGAGCGUGACUCUUGGAGAUCCUUUGAAAAUUGAUUGCCCGCCACAUGGUGGAAGUUAUGGUGCUUCAUAUACCUGGGCAAAUAAAGACAACAUUCAGCUUAACAGAGAUGAACAUAUAGCGAUAACCCCAGUUGGUACACUGCAUAUCAUGUUUCUAACUCAAGCUGAUGUGGACAAAAUCGCAGAAUUAAAGGGAAUUGCUUGUACCAUUGUUGCAGCAAAUUCUAUCUUCGAAUCUGGCCUUGUGACUUUGAAUCCUCAAGGUGAAAAUUGUUAUUAAAAUAUUAACGUCUUCCUAAUUUUUUGUUUUAAUGUUCUCUAUGCUCUACUGGCAUGUGCAGAGCUCAGCUUACUAAUCAUAGCUUACUAGCUUACUUAUACAUAUUGCCAUCUCGUCUUUAAAAUUCUAUGUAUACUUACAGGCUCAGAUAAAUAUUUUUAAAAAAGCAGCAAUCCAAAAAAAUACUGUACAGGUGUGAGAUCAAACUCAGAAGCACCACAAACUGACAGAGUAUAGCAUAAUAAUAUUAGGUAGAACUAGACUAAGUGUUUCAUGAAGGAGGUCAAUUUCUGAUUAUACUCCUCCUUCGAUGGAGAACUAAAAAAUUUUUCAUGUGCAUAAUGGGAAUGAACAUGAUAAAUGUUAAGCCUGGUGAUUUAUGUGAAUGAGAUUGGCAUGUUUGGAGAAAAAAAGAUGCAAUGGCCUAGCCCACCUUGAGUGUCCUGUAAUACAGUGGUAAAGCAAUCAAAAGUACUAAUCUAAAGUCAUAGCACACUGAGUUCCAUUUUUCUGAGUAAUUAUUCCUGAGUCAUUCACUGAAUACAUCACUAAGUUAAUAUUAUCAUUGUCAUUAUCAUUCUUGUCAUUAUUUUUAUCACCAAUUCUGUCGGCAUAUAUUGUAGUUUUAGAGUCGAUCAUUAUUGUUUGUAGUUUUAUUCAUUUCUUUUAUGAAUAGGGAAGUGAUCUUCACAGUAAUAAAGCAGUGAAAGCAAUAUAUUUUUGUCAGGCCUUAUUUUCACUUCAGUAACUGCUUAAUAUGUAGUGUUAAUUUCUGCCAAGAUGGAUUUCACAUUCAUUUCUUUAUCCGUGAUUCAUGCUUAUGAUUUUUUUAUAUCUACAGUCAUUUAUUUCUCUUACGUUUGAUAUUUAGCUGGAUCUGUGCAAGAAAAAGCACCUUCCUGGGAAUCAUCUUCAUUGUCAAAAAGUUCAGAGAUAGCUGUUGAGGGAAGAAACAAGACCCUUUACUGUCUGGCCCUUGGAAGGUGAUUUGUAGUUAUUGAUAGUUUUCUGAAAAAGAUCUUUAAACUAUUUCAAUCCAAUGGCUCUGAUAUCAAUUGUUGCCAAUUAUUUUUUGUGAUUUGCUCGCUUACAUGUAGGUAUGUAGAAUGUGUUUUUUUUGUGUGAUAGAUUUGCAAAUCACUUUCUGUACCUCAGGGUUAAAGGUAUUUUUAACCCUUUAACUCCCACAAGUGACCAAGACAGAAUUUCUCCUUACAAUAUCUAUACAAAAUCAACUAGAUAAGUGAUGAGAAUGAAGAAAAUUAUCAAUUUUGGGAUAAUUAGUUGAUCCAAUACUAAACUCUCUGAACUAACAUUAUAAGAAUUGUAUGGCUGACAGUAAGGAGAAUUACAAACUUGGUCUGGGAGGUAAAUAGUUAACUGCUCAGGUUUUUUUGCUGGUGAAGCUGGUGGUGCCAUUGUGCAGCAGUAAUUUGUGGAUUUUUGUGUUCUUGGUGACAUCUAGAGCUCUAUAGUGUAAUUUAAAUGACUGGAAUUACUUUUCCCACAGAGAUCCAUAUUUUGUUCUGCCAAGAUUGUCCACAAUUUUUGUACUCUCCAAGGUGUAAUCUUCAGAUAACUUUUCCAUACUGAAUUUAACCUUUUAAAUUUGAGCGAUUGAACAUGUAACUUCUCCCUUUAAUAACCAUACAAUCUCCACUGAGUAGGUUAUGAGAAUACUCAAACAUUUCUGGUAGAAGUUGUUGUCUUGAUUGAACUUAUUUUCACAGAAAUAUGUGAGAGCUAGAGAGUAGAAUUAACAAUCAGAUGUUAGGUAUCCAGUGAGUUGUUUCUGUCUUUCUAAUAAUCAAUAUUUUAUCUUUGAAAACUUCAAGGCCUGCCCCAAAGAUAACCUGGAAGAAAAAUGGUCAGCAAAUUAUAAGUGGGGAAAAUAACUACGACAUUCCAGACCUGUUCUUUGGACGACAAUUGACCAUCAUGGAUGUAAAGAAAGACAAACACGAAUCUCCGCAGUACUCAUGUGAGGCAGAGAAUAAAAUGAACAGUGGGAAUCCUUUGAAACACAACAUAGAGCUGCAAGUUCAAGGUAAGCCUAAUAAUGCACUUGGAAAAAAAGUCCUAUACUUGGGUAAAUACUUCCAAUUAGAGCCUGCUGUCACAAAGGUGUUUACCUACAGUAGCAUCAUCUAAGCGCAUGCAUUGACCAAUGAGAGCUUGCAUACUUUCUUCAAUAUUUUAAAAAGCUUUACAAGCUGUGACCAUCUUCGUGGCAGUGUUAGGAUGUCAAACAGUUUGCAACAAAUUCUGCAGCAGAAGUCACAAAUUUGCUGACCUGUAUGUUUGAUAAUCGUGUCCAUUUAGCAGUUUAUGCUUCUUUUGUUAUGUGUUGGUAUGGUUUAUUAAUGUUGAGGUGAAGACCAAGAAAUUUCUGUCAGUACUGUAAGCUAAUGGAGAAAUUUUUACUCUCUUUUUUCCUUUUUUUGGUUAGCCGCUCCACGUUGGCGUCUCAAAGCUCCUGCAGAGAAGUUAGAGGUGGAUAUUCAAGGAAAUGGGACGUUGCUUUGUGAUGUAUAUGCUGAUCCUGUGCCAUCUUUCUCAUGGUAUAAAGAUGGAACAAGGAUUGUGUCAUCAAAGUAAGUAAAAUGCUAUCUGGGCUGGGAGCUUUUAUACUCGAGCAUGCACUGUAUAGAGGAGGAGCCUUUCCUACAUAUGUACAUGUAGAGUUCUUGUACACUGUGAUGAUUCAGCUAGUGCAUCUGUUCCUAUAGGUGCCCCCUUUAUGGAAUGAGGGGUCAUGGAUUGAAUUUUUGGUCCUUUAUAAGUGCCCCCUGUUCUAAUAGGUGCCCCUAUUAAGCAAGCACCUUCAUUCCAAUAGGAACCCCUUUUCCAAUAAGCACCCCUAUUGUGUUUCAUAGAUAACACUGUUAGAGUACCCUACCAUUAUGGUGUGAAUACUCACUGUAUAUUUGUUAAUCUUAAAGUUUCUGCUUCUGUUGCUUUUUAAUUAAACAUCAAAGCUUUGUUUCACACAUUGUUUUGUUUCUUCCAAAAAAAAGGAACAAGUAUCUUGUCCUUAAUAAGUGCUCUGUUUCAAAUAAGCCCCAUAUGGUACACAUUUGUGAGGUGCACAUGUACAAUGUACCUCAAGAAAAUGAGGGCCCUGGGCACUAGAUUGAAUCAACAUAGUAUACCAAUUCAUCUAAAUUACCUGAUCCAGACAGGAUGUUACUGAAAUAAUUUGUAGGACUGCAUUAAAGUUUUGUGUGCAUUGUAGCUCAAUCAUUCAGACCAAAGUGAAUUCUCUUAAAGAGGGAAAAUUAAUUUUUAAGGAAAUUUCUCCAAAAUUAAAAAUUGAUUUAAAAUUUAAAGUCUCCUAAAUUACCUGACUUAGACAGGAGGGUACAGAAAGUUACAUUUUUAAUGGAUGCUUUUAUUUUUAUAGUUUUAUUUGAUUAUGAUUCAUUGCGUCCAAGUUAGUGACUUCCUUUUGUGGGGGAAGAGUUAGAGUUUAGAACUGUAGUCACAACCGUGCAUCAUUCAUCAGUGUUGUGAAGAAUUUUUCCCUUCCCUGGCAAACAAAAAUGCUUACCUUGUAACAUGAACAUUUUGGGUAAAACUUAAUUUUUUUUUGUUCUUUGGUUUGUUGGUUUUUUUUUUUUUUUUUUUUUUUUUUUUUUAGUGCAAAUUUGCAGUUUGGGUAACAUUUCUGCUUGGCUCCAGUUUCUGGACUUUUCUCAUUUGUGGACUGACCGAGUAUAGAAGUGAUGAGAUUAUUUGAAAAAAGUUAACUCACAUCUUAUCUUGAAUUCCACAGUACUAAUGUCAAAAUAGAAAAUGACAAGUUGAGGAUUGAAAAUGCUCGAAUGCAGGAAGAUGGUGUUUACCAGUGUGUUGCAGAAAACGUCCAUGGUAUGAUUGUGUCAUCUACUUGGAUUUAUAUCCGCGGUGAGUAGCUUAUUGUCCUGACUCUUUUGGAUACAUUUUGAAAGAUGCUGACAAGGAGAAUAUGUUUCAGUUCAGUGAUCAUUUCCUUUAUUCUCAUGACCUUAACAGGGCGUGAAAUUGCGCCUAAUACAAGCGCCAAUGCGACUAAAUUUUUCACUUUGGCGACCAAAUCCUGAAAGUUAGUCGCCAAAUUGGCGACUAGAACGUUUCAUCAUAACCUUACCAAGAGAUAUAGUGAAUUUAAAAAGUUUGAAAAGAUAAAUCCGCGGCAAACUUCCUCGUUAAGUUUGUUUCCAAAACGUAGCACAUGCAUCUCGAUCGAUAACUAGACGCCAUCUUGGAUUUAGAUGAGCCUGAACGUUGUAUAUCAUCCAUCCAAGUAUCCACUUUGUAGCACGUCAAAGAUCUUUUCCCUAACUUAAUUUUGGAGGGUCUAUCUAGAACGCUGACAGCGUAAAGAAAGAUUUUGUUUGUCUUUGAAAAUGGCGACCAACUUUUUUUGAAUUGGCUACCACUUUGAAGAAUUUAGGAGCCAAGUGGCUAUCAGAAAAAAAAAGUUAAUUUCACACCUUGCUUAAUGCGUGAUUCAUGGGUGAUAUUGUAAGGAGAAAUUAGAUGCUAAUCAUCCAGGGAUCAAAGCGUUGAUAGCCUCUUAAAAUUUUCUGUCCGUCUUCUUACCGUAAGAUAAUUUUAAAAAAUCAGUUUGUUUUAUUUUCAGAAUUUUACUACCAUAGAGCGAACGGUUCGUAUUAGAGGACUGUAUCGUAUGCUUCGACUGUAAACCAAUCUGUUUGUAUCAUUUCUAAACCAAGUUACUCAAACUCCUUUUUGGGUCUUAUAACCUUUUACACCCUAACAUCAAUCUAUAGGUUCUCCAUACUGUUUUCUUGACAUUUCCUAAGGUGCUGACAAGGAGAAUUUGUUUAACAAUCAAAAGCUUUAGUCGGCGAUCAUUUCAUUCAUUCCCAUGACUUACAUGAGUGAUUCAGGGUGAAAUUAGAUGUUACUCACGCGUAGGGUACAAAGGGUUUUCGAAAUGAAAUUUAUACAUUUAAAUGAUUGUGAUUUUCAAUGUUUUUUCAGCUAAAAAACCAACGUUUGACCCAACUAGUGGUCCGUUUUACCUGUUCAAGAAUAGUCAAGGCGUUCUUAAAUGCGAACCCGAAGCAGCACCUCCUCCAACCUUCGAGUGGUACAGGAAGGGUUCGAAGAUUGAAACAGGCGAGCGCUACACAGUUCAGAAGGAUGGCGUCUUGUUGAUCAAUGAUGUUACUGACGAUGAUGCGGGCGAUUAUCGUUGUGUAGCCGAGAACUUCUUGGAUAAGGCUGAAUAUAAUGGAGUAGCGACUGUUUAUGGUAAGAAAAACAGUAUACUACACAGUGCCGUAGGACCGCUCUCGAUUAUCGCCCCACGAAUUACACGUGCACCAAGCCGUGUUUUCGUGGGAAUUGUGCGCGCUUUCAUUUGCGUGUAGGGGAGUGGUACGCGUUUGGUGACUGAAUUACAUACAAAUGUAGUCAAUCAAUCCUUAAUUCCAAUGAGGGCUGUAAGAAGCCUUUCUAUACUCGAACAGGAAGGAAAAAGGGUUUUUUUUUGGUUUAAGGAAGAAUUUUAAGGAAGUUUGAAGGGGAAGUUUGGAAAGGGGUAUUUGCGGCAACCUUGACGCCAACAGCCUGUAAUCAUUAAACGCGGAAAAUAUAGCCCAUUUUCAUUUUGCGCAAAGGAAGAAUUGAAGCAAUUUUAGUUCUGUUGAUCUAACCUCGUCAAUCCUAAGAUCUCAAUGAUAAUUCUCCUUACAGUAUGCCAUACAAUUUUUAUGAUGUUAGUUUUAAGAAUUUGGUAUUGGAUCAACUCGUAAUCCCCCAAUUGACAUUUUUCUUUAUUCUCAUCACGUGUCUGCUUGAUGUUGUAUCGGUAUUGUGAGGAGAAGUUAUGUGUUGGUCACUCAUGGGAGUUAAAGGGUUAAUCUGUUAUUUUCUUUACUACAGAAAGAACAAGAAUUACAGUUCGACCGGAGGACAAGAUUGUUCCGGAACGCGUCAAUAUCGACCUUCGUUGCCGCGCAGAGUUUGAUAAAAGACUGGAACUAAAGUACUACUGGAAGAGAGAUGAUGCAAUUAUUAAAUUCAACUCCAAGAUAGAAUGGCUGGAAGGAGAAAACGUUUUAAAAAUCUCCGAUAUAAGUGUUGACGAUGCUGGCGUUUAUACCUGUGUCGCUUACACACCUGAACCUAAGAAGUCGGAAGACCAGGCGUCAGCCAUAGUUAACAUUAAAGGUUUGUUCUUAUUAAUGCAUCGAUCAAUUCUAAGCUUCAACUUCCCCCCUCCCCCGGCCGAGCAUUCUAACUUCUGAAUAAAGAUUCGUCAGAUUUCCGCCAUGCAAGAAUGAGAUCUUUUCCUGUUAAAUAGUUAAGGCGUUUCUCGAAGUUUGCACGAUCCCCAGAACAAAUUCUGAACAUGGAAUCAAUUCACUCAUCGAAACACGUCUCUGGUACAUGAAACUCAGUUAUGCAUUUAGUUGCACUCUAAAGUGGGAGCUGUUUCAAUUUUCUUUGUGGCAUUUCAAUUCUUUUAGUAUUUUUGUUGGUGGCACCUGUGGUACUGGUAGCCAGCUAAGAAAGGCAGAACAAUCGACGGUUUUUGCGGGCCACUGAUUGGUCAAUUUAGCGGGCUUAUUUCGUUGUAUGGCCCGCUGAAUUGGUUUGGUUUUUUUUAAUGAUUUUUUUUUAAUUGAAUUAAAUUGAUUUUUUUAAUCUGAAAAUUUCCCCAUCUGUUUGAACCAGUUAAUGUAGUAGAUAUCUUUCAAACAUAUUGUGCCGAGCGGGAAAAAACUCAGUCCGUAACUACUAGAACAGACCUCGAACUCGGUCGACAAGAGGUUUCUAUUUGCAGAUCUGGAAUCAGCCAAUUUACGCUAUCAACUCAGUUGAUAACACUAAAUUACCCUGUUAUACUCUCCCGCCGAAGCAGCACCACAGUUUCUUUAGAAACUUACCCUCCUUUACUCAUUUUAUUUUUCCUUCAGGAGUUCCAUUUCCUCCAACCAACCUCGAAAUAAAUGAGGAAACGUGCAUCAAUCGGACAACAGUACUCAAAUGGACAACCAGCGCUUCAAAUGAUGCUCCCAUUCUACACUUCCUGAUUGAACAGGAAUCGAAUCAUGAACCAGAUGUGUUCAUUUUCCUCCACAAUGUAACAAAUCCUAAUGCAACAUCUGUCGUGCUUAACCUUACUGGCUGGUCGACCUUGCGCUUCCGCAUGCGAGCUGUGAACAGCUUUGGCCCAAGUCGCCCUAGUUUACCCACAGGGGCUGGAAUUUGUAGAACAUCUCAGUCAGGUGUGUUUGUGUUUCUGUGUGCGAACGCAGCAGUCAAACGUAGGGCAUGCGCGAGGGGAUCAAUUUUGGGCGUCUGGGCGCCAAUUUUCCGUGUUAAGUUUCUAAGUACAACAUACCAAGCCACAACUGCUGUUUCGCUAGAUAGAAAUCUGUAAAAGGAAACGGAAGUAGAGAAAAAGGAAAACUCUAGAAUUUUCAAACAAAAACCGCUUAUUCAAAUACGGGUAUUCUGUUAAUUAACCAUUCUGUUUUGAGCUUCACCAAAAAAGGUUUUAUGCUUCACAUACAUCGUGAUUUGAUGGCUUGUGUGGUUGUUUGUACAGGAUUUUGCACAAUAUCAAUAAUUUAAUGACCUACUACAUCAGCAUCCUGUGUUGAAAAUGUCAAUUUUUUCUUUAACAUUAAGUUCAAACUAUUAUGUACUUAACUAAAUAACUUUGCAUUCGAACAAGUUAAGUGUUCUCUUCUCUCUUGCUUUUGUACCCUUUACAUCCUAACAUUAGUAUGCAAAAUCUCCAUAAUCUUCUCUAUACAUUUCCCAAGGUGCCGACAGGGAGAAUAUGUUUAACAAUCAAGAGCUUCUUUAGUUGGUGAUCAUUUCCUUUAUUCUCGGAUUCGGGGAUGAUGUGCGGAGAAAUUAGGAGCUAAUCACUCUCAGGGGUUAAAAGGUUAAGCACAGGUUUUAUCUGGCGUCUGACCGCUGUGUAGAUGCUCCUCAAGGCGCAUAUGCUCCCUUUUAGCUUGUGCUUCGUGUGACUUUCGUCUAGAGUGCGAUUAAUGGUGCAGAGGUACUGUAGAUAAUUAUGCAGCACCUUGAAUUAGGCAAGAAAGAAAAAUAAAUAGAUAUUGAUCCAUGUCUGCUUUCCUUACAGCUCCAGAGAAAUUCCCAGAGAACUUGCGUGGAGUACCAAAGAGGGCCGGUGAACUUGAUAUUGCUUGGACGGUAAGUACCUUUUGAUUGGCCGAAUCUCACUACGUGACCUGAAAAUAAUUGCUUAUAGAUGAUGUUUUGCCCAUACGCUUCGGGGUUUUCUAGAAGUGUGAGGGUCCAACUCGCUGUAGCUCAUACAAUUUCGAACUGGCAAGUGGACAAGUUUUUUGUCAGGCCACCGACAAAUUUUGUAUCGCACAAGAAGCGCAAUUGGUCGCACCAAAAGAUUACUGGUAAAUUUCUCUUUGGACCAAGAAAUUGCUGCUUUGUAAAUUCCUUCAAUGGUAUUCCAAUAAUUGCACAAUUUUUCACGAGUAUUUUUAACAUUAAAGUAGGCGGCUAAAAUGUGAAGACUAACCGGUGUUUUUGGACGGAUAUAUUGAUUUCAAUUGAGUGUAGAAAGUAUUCCUAGAUUGCUUCAAUAUUUGCUCUACUUAGCACCAUGAUUGGUCACCAGAAAGCGCAACAAAAUAUUCGCGUCAUAGACACUUUAAAGGUGUAUUGACAGUUAUGAUUACUUUGUUCUAGUUUUACGACAUUCAAUCGAAAAGUUAUACAUUUUAGAGCUUGCACCGUUUUCAUCUGAACUGAAAUAGUAGUCAGUAUUUGUAAGAAAUCAUUUUAAAUUGACAGCCUAUGCCGAAGGUCUAUUGGAACGGUCCUGGGUUUUACUAUAUAUUGGAGUACAAAAAAGUCGUAGAACCGGCGAAUGAAGAUUCUCCUGAUCAAUGGAAAAACGUCAGACUGCCUGAUCAAGCUUCAACCUUUAAAGUCGACAAUCCUGGGUACUAUGAGCUUUGGGAGUUUAGAAUUCGCGCCGGAAACAACUUGGGCCCAGGACCCUUCAGCGCCAUCGAACGAUCGCGUUCUGGCCAAGAUCCACCUGAGGGACAACCAAAGAACGUAGCGGUGCAGAUUGUACAGGCACGCAGUGCGAAGCUUUCAUGGGAGCCUGUUGCUGCCCCGUCCAGAGGAAGUGUCGAUGGAUAUAGGGUAAGGGACUUAAAACACUUAAAUCCCAAGAUCUAAUAGUUAAUUCUGUCCUCAAGCUGCUACCAUAUCCUUAAAAAUUAGUUACGAGAAUUUGGUGUUGGAUCAUGAUGACAACCUUGCCUGAAACGAACCCGAUAAUUUCUGAAGUGGAAAGAAUAAAAGAUAUUUUAACAAUCUUUAAACAGAUUCACAUUCCGUAGAUUUACUUAAAUGUUGAAUGAAACUUGAUUGUAUCGACUCGAAACUCCACCCUCGAUUGUUAAGAAGUUCGAGAAUCGAAAUUUAAGUUGCGAGGUUCGAUUUUCGUUGACUGUGAAAAAGUUAAUCGCGCGUCAAGUUCUAUGUAUCUCGAUUCGAUAAUAUUUCAAAUACCUCCAAACAUUUUUAAACUUUACCUAAGCUUCGAUAAUCAUAGUUUCGAGGAACAUGAAUUCAUGAUCCAUUGGGUCUCAAGUCUUGAGCGUUGAUUCUCGAGUCUCGAGGAACUUUUAACUAACAUCUGAGCAGCACUGCAGUUCCUCUGAUAAUCUCUGGAGGUUUCUUUCUUAUCUUUUCUCGUGUUAAAAAUUUGCAGAUUUUUUACUGGGGCACAAGCCUCCUGGCAAAUGCAAGGAGAAGGAGACGAGCCAUUCCAAGCUAUGCGAACUCUACUGAUGUCAAGGGGCGAACAACUUCUGAAACGACAGUUUUCGACCUGAAACCCUACACCUCGUACACAAUGGCAAUCAAAGCUUUUAACAGCGGAGGGGAGGGCCCAGCGAGUGAUGAAAUAGAACUUGCAACACUGCAGGAUGGUAUGGUUAAACAAACUUGCGAUAGUUUAAUUUGUUUUGUUUAACUGGAAUUUGGAAUGAGGAACUAGAGCUAGGGAAUUUUUAUCCCGGCUCACGGGAUAAUUGCUCCCCUUUUGCGUUGUUUUUAAUGCACCCAUCUCCAUUACUAAAAACUCAUUUUUCACUUCUGUUGAAACUUGACCUCCGCAGUUCCUGGACGCCCGGCAGAUGUGAAAGUGUUCGCAUUUGCGUUGUAUAUCCUGAUCACGUGGAAACCACCUACAGAACCUAAUGGAAUCAUUACAAAUUACCAAGCGGGAUCUGCUAAGUACACUGGUUCAGAGCCUAAGGAUACUCCAGUGGAGAUGACACAGCUAGCAGCGUCGAAGAGGAGGCACCUUAUUGGACAACAAGAAGAACUGACAAACUAUGUUGUCGAAAUACGAGCCAAGACCGAACCGGGUUACGGUGAAAGUGUAAGAAUAGCCACAAGAACAGUCAAAAUUUCUCGUAAGUCACGACAAAUUUGGAAAAUCUUUUUGAUUACAGUGACCCAUAAGUAAAGUAGACACCCACGGAAGCUGAAAAAGAGUGUGCGUUAGUAGGACUGACUACUUACGGGAAUGAUUUAUAUGAGGGUAGAUGUCCACUUACGGGAGUGUUUUAUGUUGGACUCUUGUUAAUGUCAAACGAACGGAAAGCUUGCGCUCCUGCAGACAGAUGGAGAUUUGACAAAACCGACUCCCACUGCUCUUUUGCUCUGUCAAAGUCAAAUUUUUGUUGAUUUGCAAAUUCAAGACCACCUAACCGUCCAGAGUCAUUUAAUAACCGUUGGAUGUCCGCUUACGAGAGAACAUGAUCAAAAGAAAAAUCAAAUUUUCAAUUUGAAAAGUGUUCGCGUCCGCUUACGAGAGAAUGUCCACUUACGGGAAUGUGUAAAUACAGAGUUUGACUGAGGAGCAAAAAAUGGGAAUUGAAAAAAGUGUCCGUAGUAGAACUGCCCGCUUACGAGAGUGUUCUUCAUGGAAGAGUUGACUUCACUUGCACGAUGAUGAUAAAAUUAAUCUUAUUUCUUAUUUUUCAUUCACAGCACCGGCCAAACACAAUGCUCCCACGGUUGAACCAACAGGAAUCGACAAAGUCAGGGUUAUUUGCGAGAUCGCUGUUGGUGGAGGAUAUACACAUGAAUUCCUGGUUCAGUACCAACAGAAAUGUAAGUUGCAUCCUUGCAUCAGUAUGCAUAUCUUUACACAUUAUUUAGGUUUCUCUCUAGGAGAAUUUGCUUAACUAUCGAAGCGGUAACGCUUAAAAAUUUACGUUUAAAUUUACGUUUCAACACAGCCGCUAGAACCAGAGUAUCUUGUAAUGAUACACCGCCAACGCAGCGCCACAGUUUGUUUAGAAAGUAGCCCCCGUUUUUACAGGAGUAAUAAACUGAUUUGAAGAUAGAAAUAAGAGAGAUGGUAAGUUUUGAGCUCGGUAAAGAAAUAGAGAAAGAUUGUCCCACACUCGUGACAAGACGAAAAAAAACAUCUUUCUCUUUAAGCUGAUUUGUUUAUUUGUCUCUCUUUUUGUUAGUGGAGGGUGAAGAGUUUGUGAACUCAUCUUGGAUUGAUUACUUGGGUGGCGACUUGGAUCUGGAGAUUGGUAAUCUGGAGUCUGCCUUGUACCAGUUUAGGACCAUCGGCAGAAAUGAUCAGGGAGAAAGUCCGCCGAGUGACAUCACUGAAGCCAGACCCAUCCCGGGAAUUGUGGGUAAGUGCUAUACAUACUUAGUAUGAGACUUGGGCACCGGCGGAAUGUCAGAGAAAUCUGACACAGUGCCGCGUGGGGGGGGAAGGUUAACUUGUGAUGUUGGGGAAGUAGAAAUGCUCGUAUUCGAAACUGGGAUUAGUUCCAGUCUCUAAGCUCGAGUAGUUUUGACCUAACUUCUGCUAUGAUAAGGAGUUUUUGACCAUAUAUCACGAGAGAGAGAGAGACAAAGAAGAAAGAAAAAAAGAGAGAAAAACAGGAAAAAUUAGUUGCCCCCCCUAAGGGCUGAAAACUCAACCACUUCCUAUUUCGCGGUGAGAUUAGCUUGUGUAGCCGACGUUUUUGUAUAUCCUUUGAAGUGUUGAACCGUGACGAAGUCGCAAGAGGUUUGGGACGGAGAAUACAGGUUUUUCUCCUCGAACCUUUGUUGCCUGAAAGUUGCGUGUGCCCAUAAAACUUAUCGACAGUUAUACGUUGUUUCUUCGGGGACCCCUAUCAUCUCCUUCACCCCCUCUUCUCCCCCCCCCUCCGAUCCCCGGCUAAGAAGAAGGAAACAACCGGCAGUUCCGAGUGCUUUGAUUCUGACGUUUUCUUUCUUUCUCACAACAGCUGGCAAGAGAGCAACUACUCCUAUACACAAGAGCGCUUGGUUUAUUGCCUUGUUGGUUCUUAUCGCCAUUCUCCUCAUUGUGCUGCUUAUAUUUGUCCUUUACACCCGUCGCCGUGGAUCAAAAUACCCGGGUAAGACAAUAAUGGUAAUUGAAGUUAGGGGAGUCUGACAUCAUGUUCUAUUGAAGGCGAAAAUACUCAGCUCCUUUUUCGUUGAUGCUGAAAUGGACAACAUUGAAAACAAACUUGAUUGUGUCUUAAACACCAGAUACUCAUGCAAAGCCUUAAUUUGUUUUAUUUCUCUUAAGUUGGUAAACGCGAGAAGAAACGAGCCGCUCAUCUCAUCGACCGGGAAUCAUUCGAUGAAGAAGAAGGUCCUUACCAACACCAAGGGUAAGCGCAUGCCAGGAAUAAUAUAUAUUUUUGCCUACGUAUGAACAACUUCAAAGACUUACAGGAAAGAAGUUCUCAUUUUCUAUUUUAAAUGAACUUCAAUUACUUAAGAGUAACACUGACAAAGAUCUUGCGCGCAAUUGUAUUUAAUAGAACGACAUUUUGACGUGUUUCUCUCUUUGGAAUCGUCAGCUGCUUUGUACAAAGCUUCAUUUUUUGCAAUUUAAGUGUGUAGGUCUUAAUAUUGGUUUGUACCGCGAACACAUCUACAGCGCAUGCGCUUAUCUGUUCGGUGGUCAUCUUUCCUAAUAGAUUAAAGGGUUUACUUGAUCGGUUUUCCCUCAGUUAUCCACAUAGUUUUUAGGGAAAGAGAGGGACCUUGAGGAUUAAAGGUCCAGAGCUCGAGUCCAAAGCGGUUAGCAGUAGGUCAGCGGGUUUUCGAUUUGAUUUCGCUUAGAUGGGUUACCAAGAAGUGGAAUUUUUAAAUCUGUGCUGAAUAAUGAAUGACUUCUCUUGUCUUUUUAGGGAUGAAAAUCCCCCACCCUACCAGAGUCAGGGCUCAUUGGAUAAACGGGAUAGUGACCGGGAUAGCCUGGACGACUACGGCGAGGGACCACAGUUCAACGAAGAUGGGUCCUUUAUUGAGGAAUAUGGCGACGAGAAAAAACCACCAGCGGACGAGAAAGACCAGUCUGCAUUUGCGACAUUCGUUUGAGGACAUUUCUGUAGUGUACCCGUGUUGUUUGGUGAUCCCAAAAAGUAAGCUGGGUACAGUUUGUCAAUCAUGAUCUUUGAAAGCUUAAGACCGCUGACUCAGUAGUCAAAGAAAACGCUUAGUUAAAAGGACGAAUUGUGGCUCGUCCUCAAUCGUAAAUGGCUGUUCUGAUAGAAGACAUUCAACCAGUCUUAGGGUAACUACUAAUGCGACGGCGAUUCUUAGCACCCUCUUUUUUUGUAGAAGAUGUUUUAGAUGACGUAACCCUUUAACUCCCAAACUCUGAUCGUUAAUUCUCUCCUUUAGCUUCCAAAAAAUUUCCUUUUAAAUUAGUUACGAGAAUUUAAUGUUAGAUCAAGAUAAAAACUUCUACCUGAUAAAUAUUCUCAUUACCUGUUUUCUUGACAAUGUAUGGAUAUUAUAGGGAGAUGUUGCUUGUUAAUAAUUUUUGGGAGUUUAAGGGUUAAACGUCUCAGGUGUGAAAACAGUCAGAGCCAUUAACGGAAUAUUUGGCGACUUUAAACUUAUCAAUUUUGUUGUUUUCAAUGAAUUUGAGUUUCUAAAACGAAUUGUUAAAAAAUCAGUGUUGUUAGGUACAGUUUCAAAUUAACUCCAGAAAGCUCUCUGAGAAAAGAAAUUAGUGGCGAUACGUGGCAGUACGUCGCAAACUGAAUGCUUAUCAUUUGCUUGUAAGCAGAACAUAACUGCCAAAGAGGCUGUAUGUUAUUACCGUAAUUAAGUGUUCUAAUAAGAGCUAUUAGAAGUUCGACCUCGUUUGAGGACGGUAAAUGAAUAUUCGAAUCGUAUUUUAUUUUGCUUUAAGUUUCUAAGAUGCGCUCAAGGUGUGUCAAAGAACAACGGGCAACCGUGAAAUGACGCGAAGGAAAAGCUGUGUUAGCCCGUCCAUCGUAUCUAGACUGCAUUUGUUUCAGUUCUUUUUUGCGAAUCGCCGGUCGCCAGUCUAAUAGCAGGAAAAACAGGAAGAGGUGUUUCUUCCAAGAGAAGUCCAGCUAAGUUAAAGUUCUGUUCAAUUUGUUUUCACACGUUGUUAAGAAGCAGCAGGCAAAAGUCAGCAUAUUUAUUCUAAAUAUUGAAAGUGAUAGAGUGUAAAUUGAAGCCAGAAUUCCUAGUUAGUCGUACUGUCGAAUGCUCUGUAUAUUGUUAAGUCAGUUGUAAAGAAGUUAGGUUGAUCUUGGACUGUAAUUUUGUUUGUUUCGGCGACACAUUUGAGG